GUCACACCAUUUGACACACAUUUGUAUAACGCUUUCAAACGCUUAUAACAAUUAACUCGUCAUUCAAUUGACUAUUAAAUCAAUUCAAUUGAACGCCAAUCCAAUCCAUACAAACAAAUACAAUGGGUGUCCAUCACGUGGCAGACAAGGGAGACUUUGAUGGUCAAUUAGCGGGCGCGGGUGGCAAAUUGGUGGUGGUAGAUUUCUACGCGACCUGGUGCGGGCCCUGCAAAAUGAUUGGUCCCGUUUUGGACAAAAUGAGCGACGAGUUGGCGGCGGAAGUGGUGUUCCUGAAGGUCGAUGUGGACGAGAACGAAGACAUCGCCACCGAUCACAAGGUGUCAGUUAUGCCCACUUUCUUGCUCUUCAAGAAUAAGCAAAAAAUCGAUGAGUUUUCCGGCGCUAAUGAGACCAAACUUCGCGAACUCAUCCUUAAACACAAGUAA